UAACUGACACGGCUCCCCAUACAGUUGGAUCGCUGUGUAUGGAAGACACUAUCUCUCACGAGCGAGCACUCGCAUUCACUCGUCGGACCAUCACCGAGUCCAUCCUGGCGGAGUGGCCAGAUGCUGCCUUAGACAAUGCCGGCCGCCUGGAGGAUGGGCGCGUCUUCACCGGCCCCUCGGAAGCGGAGGCUCGACCUCUCAAGUCGAAGCGGCUCACCUUCACCGAUUUACGAGAUACAUUGAAAAAUUGCCAAUGUUGCGCUUUUUCAGCAGAUGGAAAGCUUCUCGCGGCAUCGUUUGACAGUAGCGAUGUCCUCAUAUGGCGACUUUCCGACGGUCUACUCGUUCAGCGUCUACACCAUCAGGGCCAUACAGACGACGUUCGGGACCUCUCCUUUUCUCCCGUCGGCUACGCUCUUAUCUCGGGGUCUAAAGACGGCACCGCAAUUGUGUGGGAUACUCGACAUGGCCGCGUACUUCUACGUCUGGAAGGACACCGUGAGCCAGUGCGCAGCACUGCAUAUGCUCCCUAUGGCGCGAUCAUCGCCACCGGUUCUGAUGGCGACGACAUAUCGGUGAAGAUUUGGGACGCGUCGAGUGGAGCAUUUCUGCAUUCCUUUGACGUCGAUGAAAUGGUGUACAGUCUCGCCUUCUCCCCAGACGGCUCAUGCCUCUGCGCUGAACUGCAAACGUCCUGCCACAUCUAUGACAUCCACACCUUUACGAGUACUGUUACGUUACAGCAUGCCACCGGGGAAACGCUCUUCUCGUCGAUGUCUCACCAAGGCGAUCGUAUAGUCACCGUCCUGAGCUCGGGCAACCCGGGACAAGUGAAGAUCUGGAGCACGGCGACUGGCGAGGAGCUUCUCACAAUUGAUCAUCCAAACAAACUCUCGUAUCCGGUGGCAUUCUCCCCAGACGGAGCCGAAGUGGUGGCGGCUUGUGAGGCGGACACGGCAGCCAUCACCUACGACUCGCGGACGGGCCAGGUCCGUCAUGUCUUCAAGUUGACAAAGCCGGCAUAUCGUGCAGCGUACUCCCCAGAUGGGUACUAUGUCGCCUUUGGUGUCGAGGGCGGAGAUGUCGAGGUGUACGAUGCGAAGUCUGCGACAUUCAUUGCGAAGUUUGAUGCGCGUGAAGGGAGUGAGACGCUUUGGAGGGCGCGUUUCUUAUCUGACAGUCAGACUAUUCUAGCGAGGUCUGAUUAUGGUCCUCUAUCUCUGUAUAACAUCCAGGAUGUAUUGCGCAUGCGAUAGCGUAGUAUUACUGUAACUAUGUCUGCAGUACCUGACUCAACAUGCUAUAGCAGUACAAAAUAAUAGGGCGUGUGAGUGUGAUGUG